UGCCUUUAUUGUUGUUUUGGCUUUCGUGCGAAUCUCGGGUUUACCAACUAUCUGCUUCGUUCCAUUGUUCGCUUCGACUUAACGCUGUCGCUGUUACUUUUGUACCAUAUGUAUAUGUGGCACAACCGUGUUGUUGGAUAGCAGUACGUCGCGCUGGUUGGCGGUAGCAUGUGCCCACAUCGUCUUCGUACCUUUAAAUUGUAUACCGAUGAAUUCGUUUUUUGCUUACUAUUGUGGUUGUUGUUAAUUUUGGCCAAUUUGUGUCGGCCUAUACAGGAAUUGUCGCACCGUAUCCUGAUGUCCUGUUUUGAAUAGCUUCGUAUUCAGUUGCGCAAAAGAUUCUGUACGAAUUGGACGCGAGUUUUCAUUGCGUGGAACGGUUCCGACAUUUACUUGCUUAGUUCGGUAGUGCUCCGAAUAUCGAGUUUACAUGGUAUUUUGUAGAGAUUACAAUUAACUAUUGAAGUUAACGAAAACUUGCCCCAAUAAACCGUAUAUUGAGAAGAACAUAAAAAUCAAAGCAGAAAAUAUGCGUUUUUUUAUUUCUCAAUUUUUUCGCGAAUGACCAUGUCAGAACAAAUCAUAGAAAAACACUUGAAAGAUUGAAGUGGUUCAAUCCUCGGUGAAUAAUGUGCAAACGUCAAUGUCGCCUUUGUUACGAUUCAAUGUGCCGUGCGAACUGUAUAAAAAAAGCAACAAGUUGAUGGGCCCUUGGUCUCUAAUCGGAGCGCUCAUAGUGCUCUCAGCAACAGCUGGGGAUUCCACUAGCAAAAUUAUAGCGCCGCAACAAAGUAGAAGUAUUAGCAGCGUCAGCCAUGCCAACGACAACGCAGAUUACACCACAGCGACCAUAAGUGUUGUAGGCGUAGCUGGUAGUCGUGUAAGCGGAAAUGGAGUUGGAGGUGGUACUGUUGUCAUUGGCAAUGGUGUAAUAGUGGCAGGUAGCGCUGGACCUUCGUCUAUGUUAAAUAAUGUUGUUGAAGAACCCGAAUUUACUGAAUACAUCGAAAAUGUAACUGUACCUGCUGGAAGAAAUGUUAAACUGGGCUGCUCUGUAAAGAAUCUUGGAUCGUAUAAGGUUGCAUGGAUGCAUUUUGAACAAUCUGCAAUAUUAACGGUGCAUAAUCAUGUGAUUACGCGCAAUCCACGCAUCAGCGUAACACACGACAAACAUGAUCGACAUCGGACUUGGUAUUUACAUAUAAGCAAUGUACAUGAAGAGGACAAAGGACGUUAUAUGUGUCAGAUAAACACAGUAACCGCUAAGACACAAUUUGGAUAUCUAAAUGUGGUCGUACCACCCAACAUCGAUGAUUCACUCAGUUCCAGUGAUGUUAUUGUACGUGAAGGUACUAAUAUAUCCUUGCGUUGCCGAGCCAGUGGUAGUCCACGACCAAUUAUUAAAUGGAAGCGAGAUGACAAUUCAAGAAUCACAAUCAAUAAAAACCAUAUAGUGAACGAAUGGGAAGGUGAUACUCUGGAGAUUACAAGAAUAUCUCGGCUUGACAUGGGCGCCUACCUCUGUAUAGCAUCGAACGGAGUACCUCCAACAGUGUCCAAGCGUAUUAAGGUCAGCGUAGACUUCCCUCCCAUGCUUUUGAUACCCCAUCAAUUGGUUGGAGCUCCUGAAGGUUUCAACGUAACAAUUGAAUGUUUCACGGAAGCACAUCCAACUUCGUUAAAUUACUGGACUCGUGGAGAAGGCCCCAUUAUACACGACUCUUAUAAAUACAAGGUGGAAUCUAGUGUUGGUGUUCCAGUUUAUAAAACUCAUAUGAAAUUAACCAUUAUAAACGUUAGCAGUGGCGAUGAUGGCAUUUACAAAUGUGUGGCCAAAAACCCACGUGGAGAAACCGAUGGUGUCAUUCGGCUGUACGUUUCAUAUCCACCAACCACAUCACCUCCUGGACCUUUUUCUACUGAAAUUCGUUGGGAUGUAUUUUUCGGGCACGGUAGUGAGACAUCACGAUCAAGUUAUGGCAGUUAUGGUCAGGACAAAAGUACACGUUUUCUAUCCAAUCUAAAUGAAAUCGGCUUAUCAGAACGAAAAUCAUUUGCUGAUAAAACGAAGGGCGGCCCAGGAGCAAGUAGCACCGAUGCAGCCCACGAUGACAAGGUUCGUCUAAAUGGUGAAGCACUCUCAAAAGUAUUGGCCAAUAAACUAAUGUGGAUUGCUAUUCUUAUAGUAUUAAGGCUAUGUUUAUGAGGACAUAACAUCACCAGCUCCAAUGGUCAAUACCGAAGCAUGAGUUUAUUAAACAUAUACCAUAUAUCUACAUUCAUAUAUCAUAUAAGCAUCUAAAAUAUGUAAUGUAUGUAACGCUUUCGUAGCACAUAUUACUCUCCAAAUGCCUUCAUGCUCGUUCUCUUAAAUCAUACUUCGCGAUCGCAUGACCAUAUAAAUAUAUAUAUACAUAUAUGUAUAUCAAUAUAUACAAUAUAGAUACGAAUAUAUAAGUUAAAUAAUGUUGUAAAUUAUGACCCUUAUACAGAUAUUUUUAAUAAAUAAUCAAAUGCUAGAACCACAGGUAAACUAAUUUAGAGCGAAAUAAUUAGUACGGCGUUUAAUGCGCUUAUGUUGCCUUUUAGCAAAAGAAAAAUAUCAUUAGGCGAAAAUGCCUAAAAGUGCUCCAGGAGAAGCUUAACAUAUCCCUUAGAUGAGAUUAAUGCUUAGCGAUAUAUGUAUAUAUACAUAUAAAUAUAAAGAAAUAUAUGCAAAUAAAUAUAUCUAUAAUUAAAAAUGAAUAAAAAAUAAAUCUAUUACACAUACACAUACUAUACACUAUGUAAUGUAGAUGAUUUAAAGAACAUACUUAUAUCCUGAAUAAGAAAACAUAUACAUACAUACUUAUGUUUAUUGUUA